UUGUUUUUUCUUGUCCCCUAGAACUGAAUUCUUACAAAAUAUGUUGGUGGUACAGAUCUGACCUAUGAUAAUACCUUGCAAGAGUAUGAAUAUUUCAACAAACUGCCUCUUCAGUGGUUCCUCAUUAGCAUCUGAAGUGCAUGCUGCUGCUGUUAAUGGGGAUAAGAGUACCCUCCUAAAGUUAAUCGCAGGAAACUCUGAGCUGAAAGAUAAAGAGGACCAAUUUGGAAGAACUCCACUUAUGUACUGUGUGUUGGCUGACAGGGUAGACUGUGCAGAGGCAUUGCUGAAAGCUGGAGCAGAUGUUAACAGGGCUGAUCGUAGCCGAAGAACUGCUCUCCAUCUUGCUGCACAGAAGGGAAAUUAUCGCUUCAUGAAACUUUUACUGGCUCGUAGAGGGAACUGGAUGCAGAAGGAUUUAGAGGGUAUGACACCGUUACAUUUAACUACACGUCACAAAAGCCCCAAAUGUUUAGCUUUGCUGCUAAAACACAUGGCACCUGGAGAAGUGGAUACCCAGGACAGAAACAAGCAAACUGCAUUGCAUUGGAGUGCCUACUACAAUAACCCUGAGCACGUGAAACUUCUUAUAAAACAUGAUUCAAAUAUUGGAAUCCCAGAUAUUGAAGGAAAAAUUCCACUUCACUGGGCAGCAAACAAUAAGGAUCCUAGUGCAAUUCACACAGUGAAAUGUAUUCUGGAAGCUGCACCUACAGAAUCUCUGCUUAACUGGCAAGACUAUGAAGGACGAACUCCACUUCAUUUUGCUGUUGCUGAUGGGAACGUGGCAGUUGUUGAUGUCCUGACCUCCUACGAAGGCUGCAAUGUGACAUCAUAUGACAACUUGUUUCGAACUCCUCUUCACUGGGCAGCCUUACUUGGUAAAUUGAACAAUGCCAAAGUCUUUUAAUAAUUCAUCGACUGC